AUGUCUAAGAUAGAUCUUAAUGCUAAAUCAGAUCAGUUCGUAUUUAGAAAUGUCGUAUAUCAUAAGAGUAAAGGUACUUAUUCUUUAGGCAAUAGGAAAGUCUCCUACUCCAGGUUAAGAGAAUUAUUUAAGGAAUCUUUGACCAAACUAGGCUAUGACCAAAGUUUGUAUGGGCUUCACAGUUUCCGUUCUGGGUGUGCUACUUCCCUCGCUCAUACUCUCGAAAAUAAUCCCUCCAAGGAGAGGCUGCUGAAAUUACACGGUCGCUGGAAAACGGAUCUGGCGAAGGAUAUGUACAUCAAAGAAUCAGUAGACCAAAGAUUAAGUUUUGUUAAGAAUCUAGGCUUAUAA